AUGGCUCUGAUGCGGCUUCUUUUCAUUCUUAUGCUUCACUUUGAAGCAGCCCUCAGUGAAGCGAAAUUCUACAGAAAUGGACAGAGUGUUGCUCUGCGGUGUACAACAGAUCUAUCACACACAUGCAGAGAUGUUAUCUGGUUCUAUAACAGAGAUGGAGGUGUAUCACUAGUAGAGGUCAGAAAAAGGAAUAUAAUUGCACAGUCAGGACGAGCUGCCAGGCUGAGUGUGAACGCUGACUGCUCUCUGAUCAUCCACAACAUCUCUGCUGAGGACUAUGGAAGCUACAUCUGUCGAGUUAGGGACCGCACUGACCUCGACACAAUUAUAUAUCUAAGUAUUUUAACAAUUUCUCCAUCUCCACCAAACGCUGAUACAGGAAAUGAUGAAGUCACAUUAAAGUGCUCUCUGGAGAGAGACAUGCAUUUGGGUCCCUGUAAUCUUUACAGCUUCCGCUGGCUGGAUGAGAGAAGAACUGAGCUCAUAGCAGCCCUCAGUGGAAGAGCAGAGACUUUCUACAGAAAUGGACAGAGUGUUGUUCUGCGGUGUACAACAGAUGUACCACACACAUGCAGAGAUGUUGACUGGCUCUAUAACAGAGAUGGAAGUGUAACACUAACUAAGGUCAGAAAAGGGAAUAUUGAAGCAGAGUCAGGUCGAGCUGCCAGGCUGAGUGUGAACGCUGACUGCUCUCUGAUCAUCAACAACAUCUCUGCUGAGGACUAUGGACGCUACACCUGUCGAGUUAGGGACAGCAUUCCCCAUGACACAAAUAUCAAUCUAAGUAUUUUAACAAACGCUAAUACAGGAAAUGAUGAAGUCACAUUAGAGUGCUCUCUGGAGAGAGACAGAGAUUUGGGUCAGUGUAAACCAAACAGCAUCCGCUGGCUGGAUGAGAGAAGAACUGAGCUGACAGGUAAAGGUGACGGAUAUGAGCUCAGAGGACAGGCGAACUGUGUUUCCUAUCUGACUGUGAGCCUUCAGAGGGCAAACAGCAGAACGUUCACCUGCCAGUUUGUGGAGGAAAACAGAGUUCAGGUAGAAGCUCAAUACUCACCUGUUCCAGCAGUGACAUUGUCGACCACUUCAGUUCCUACGACCGCACAACCCCCGAAGUUACAACCCCCCCGGGACACCUUCAUUGGGAUCGGAGCAGCCGUCGGGGUGGGGCUGGUUCUGCUCCUCAUCACCAUAGCCGUUCUCACCAAAUUCAGGAGGAAAGGCGGAGCCACGGAGGAGCAAAAAGCCCCAGCAGUCAUGAUCUGA